GUUCAUGUACCUGCAUCCCGCAAUCGCGGCACCCAUCAUCACCCCAGUGCACCUCAUUUCUGGGUCCGAAAAAAAGGUAGAUGAAUUGACGAGCAUACUGAGACCUUGACAAUUCAUUUUUAAGUACUUGCGACAGUCUUCGUGGUGGUCUGUGCUGCGUAACUCGUGGUCAACCAAGGUUCCGUGUACCGCUAGCAGCGGCCAACUCGCCGUCUUCAGGCAAGGGAAAAGUUCCAUCGCGUACUUGCGUACGAGCCUCUCCAAAUCCUCAACCUCACCUCUCGGAACCACCCAAAAGACCCCCUAUCCCAAUCCAUCAAUACACAACAACCACAACCCGUCACGUCUCCGAAACGCAAAGCUCAUCUCUAUCGAUGUCGCUCUUUCUACUGAUGCGCUCAUAACGACCCUUUGCCGCCCGGACUCGGUCCCUGACGAGCGCAUUUCCUUGCGCAUGGCGACACGCCGCCCACCUGUCGCUAUCAUCAACCCGGGCUCAAAAUGUCCCUCCCCAAUGGCCACCACGCAUGGCAGCCGCCGUCCCUUCAUCACCAACCCUCUAGUCGCCUGUUUCAUCAACUUGAUGAUGGUCCUGCGCGAAACGGAACCCCCGUCGACCAUUCAAUGUCCUUGAUGCCUGAGGCACAACCUGAUAUUGAAGAGGAACGACGACGCGCCUUGUUCAAAGAUCUCUAUCACAAAAGCGAGGCAAAGAUCUCGCUGCUGUUCGCUGACGACGGAUCAUACAACUAUUCCGCCAUCGAUGCGCUGCGCCGCCCCUCGGCCCCCUCCCCCUCCAUCUUACCCCCUACCACCGACCAUGCGCCGAUCCAAGAGCCUCCAUCAAAGAAGGCCAAGCGGGUCAUCGACGAAGACGACUACGGCGAUGACGAUGACGAGGAUGAAGAAGAAGACGCGACCGCAGCCGAUUCGAGUAAACCCGUGAACGGUAUUGCGGCCGCCGGCGCCGGCUCGCUACUCUCCCCCUCAAAGUCCGGUAGUUCGCCUGUGCACUCCGUCAGCUCCCCCGGCAAACAGCUCGAGAAACUCAAACAGGCCGACGGAUCUGGAGACAGCACCAAAACCAGCGAAGAUGCGCGCAAACAGCUGGAAGAGGCGCGUAACGCGACCGAAGAAGCGGCGAGACGGAGCUUCCAUACCAUAUUCUAUACUCUGGAAAACGACCGGACUGCUAUGCUGGAACAGCAGCAGCUGGAGGAGUCCGAAAAACAAUUGCAGGCCGAGAUGGAAAACAACAAUAACCACAGUCAGACAAAUGGCGCCCAGGCCGAGAACCACGGAUCGCUCAGCAGCGCCAAUUUGGGCGCGUCGAGUUUAACCCUCAAGCACUUGAUUGCGAGGAUAGACAUGAAACGCGACCAAGUUCGCGCCUCUGAUGCAGAAUUGCGAUCACUCAUGAACGAAGUGCGAAAAAACCGAAGUAAAUGGGCUAGCGAGGAGAAUGUCAACCAAGAAGAGUUGUACGAGGCCCUCGAGAAAGUCUUGACGGAGCUGAAGGCACAUACGGAAUACUCAACGCCCUUUUUGCAGAGGGUGAAUAAGAGGGAUGCGCCGGAUUACUAUAACCUCAUCAAGCAGCCAAUGGACAUGGGAUCUAUGACCAAGAAGAUCAAGACCCUCACGUAUAAAUCGAAGGCGGAAUUCGUCACCGACCUAAACCUGAUAUGGGACAACUGCCUGCGCUACAACCAAGAUAUGGGACACCCUCUGAGGCGGAUGGCCAAUGGCAUGAGGAAAGAGGCCGAGAAGCUUAUUCCUCUCAUUCCGGACCUCGUCAUCAGACCGCGAGCCGAGGUCGAGGCAGAAGAGCGCCGAAAACAGAACGGUGGCGAGGAAGACGGCGGUGACGACUCGGACGAUGAACCGAUAAUGUCAUCUCGCGGUCGUACUGCCGGAACCAAGGGCGCCAAGUCUCGGAAACAACCCACCGAUCAGAAGGAGGGCACCCCCAGUGUUGACCAGAAACCGGUGCUGCAGCUUAAUGGCCUGCUGGCUAAGGGCCGAGAAGGUUCUGAAGCAGUUGAUGGCAGCGGAUUCGGUACGCCCAUUGGUGGCUCGGCAACGCCUGGCGGCGUUAACGGACACUCGGGCAUCGGAAGCAAUGCUGAUGCUAUGGAUAUCGAUGGGCCCACGUUGAACGGCAUGGCCUUGGGACAAGCUCUCAACGAAGCUGCAGAACAGGCCUAUGAGGACGAAGAGUACAAGAUCUGGAAGCAAGUGACGAAGAAGGACCGCGCACUCAUCGCCAAGGAACGGUAUCAACUUUUCAAGGACAAUAAGCUCAACACUGACGCUCCUGCUCUACUCCGAAAUAAAGCCGGCAUUCGAUGGUAUCUGAGGGGUCAAAAGGAAGCCGAAGCCCUGGGCGUCAUUGGUCAAGCCCAGGCGGACUCGUCUGCCAUUGCUGCUAAAGAGGCCGCGAAGCCUGCCGAAACUCUGGCCGAGGGCAUGGAAGGAGAAGAGGAAAAGAUUGUACCAGCGUACUACGAACCUCUGACAGUUUUACCGGACAUCCAGCCCAAGCUGCAGUGGAUCGAGGACGGCGAGGGCCAUGUCAUCAACCAACAUGAGGAAUAUCUCCGAUUGAUCCCCGAAGGUCACUUCAAGGCGCCCAAGAGCAGGUUUGCCAGCAAGAUCGACAGCAACAUCCAUCAGAUCCAGGAGACGAGGAAACUAUCGAGCAAGAUCGGCGUGAUUAAGCAGAUGCAGAUCCAGACUCAGGUUUACAACAACCAGUUUCCCAAGUCCAAUUAUGAAUCUUUCGUGGAGCAAGAUGCCGAGCCAUCUUUCAUCGCAGAUGAUGGCCCAGUCAUUGCGCCAGAGACUUGCCGUAGUGCCCUCCAGCGCUCUGUAGCCAAGAUUCUCUACCACACCGGUUUCGAAGAGCUUCAGCCCUCUGCUAUUGACACCAUGACGAGCUUAGCAUCCGAUUACUUCGAGAAGAUCAUCAAGACCUUCAAUGUGUAUCGCGAGGCAGAGAAGAUCGAAGCACCAGUAUCCCGUGCCGAAGGAAGCUCUCGAUUCCAGUCUCGCUUCACUCCCGAGGAAAUUAUCUUGCACACACUCGAUGAAAACGGUUGCGACCUGCUUAGUCUGGAGUCUUACGCUAAGGACGAAGUCGACAGACUCAGCACGAAGCUUGGCGGCAUCCACGAACGCAUGAAGUUCCAUUUGACCGAGCUUUUGCGGCCUGCCCUUACCCAGGAAGCCGGACAAGAUGGCGUCGGUGCCUUCAAAGAUGGCAGCGAGCAGUUCGUUAGUGGCGACUUUGCUGAGGAUCUCGGCGAAGACUUCUUUGGUUUCAAGGCCCUUGGUCUGGACAAGGAGAUGGGCUUGGAUAUGCUCUCGGUUCCUCUUCACUUGCUUCAGUCCCGUGUUCGCAACCAAUUCCAGAUGCAGACACAGACGGUUGGCGCGGAGGUCACCGACCUCUUCGAAUCCUUGCCGCCUGUUGAGCCCAUUACGACGGAGAACAUCCACGGCCAGAUCGGUCUCGUCAAGAACUUCUUCCUGGCUAAGCUACACGCUAAUGGCGAUACGCCCUUGGUCGAGGACGAGGAGCUUCCUGUUAAGCAGAGGCGGCCCAGACCCCGUCUUGGCGCAUCUGGAAAGAUUGUCUCACCACAGAAGAGGCCGCCCAAGGAGCAGAUUGCCCUUGCCAAGAAGAAGAAGAAGAUGGAGUUAGCGGCGCAAGCCAACAAGGAUGCCAAUGCUUCACCAGAGAAGAAGACCGAGACUUCACCGGCAAAGAAGGUCAAGCACGCCAACAUCAAUGGCACCGGGCCCAAUCCAGCGGCGAUCGCGCUGCCUCCAAGCAUGGAGCGGAACGAGAGCAUGCAAAGCCAGGGCAACGCCAGUCAGACCGAUAAGGACGAGCCCAUGGGCAUGAUGAGUCCCGAGAGUAUCGAGAGAUGAGACACAAGGACAUCAUGAGACUUGCGAUUUCUCACAUAUAUAUAUACCCAUUUUCCAUACACAAACAUCGUGACUUAUUGGCGACCCUGCCACCGAGUCCUGAGUGGAACCGGGUUUUCAUUACUAUCCUUCCAGAAGCAUGUCGCGGAAGCAAUCAAGACGGCUUUGGAUUCAUCAGAAGCAGUCUGUUUGCAACCUCCCCAAUCCUCAGACAUUGCUUGGCAUCGUACACCUCUUCGAUAUACGUGUUUUAGGAACACUUGUUUUUUCAUUUCACCAAACAUCCAUCGGCGUUGAGGUUGGAUCGUCGUUUCAUUGUUCAGGAAGGAAAGAUAUAAUGCUGCACAAAUAAAAACCCCCCGAAAUACAUAGCUCGGCGCGGCUACUACUAAGAAGACUGGGAUACCCAAAAGCCAACAAAUUGGCCGUCAUUCAGGGAGGGAAUCGUUAUCAGAGAAGAGACCGAAGAUGUACGGUCUGGUUUCUUGUCGUUUUUCAACAGUGGAAGGGUGGAUUCGAAGUUUUUCCUGUCCGUUGGCGGUACUGCAGCGCGGGAGAUAUUCCGCCUCGGACUAGAGAAAGGGGGGGGGGGGUUUAUUUGGUCAACGAACUUUUUUGUUUUUGUUCAUCUCGUAUAGUGCAGACGGGAUCGCCACCCUUCAUGAUGGAAAGCCGGAAGAAGUUUAGGAGGUUGUCUCUUUUGCUUCCUUGUCUUGUUGUUUCGGGAUGAGGGUGAGACGUGAGAGGGCCAAGAAGACUCUGAAGCUUGGACAGAUGACGGGAUGAGACAUGGUUAUUCCGCACGCCUUUCGUCAUGACAGCAUUUUGGUUGAUCUUGAUUAUUCCUCGUCUUUCCGUCGCGUAGGGUUUCCAUGGCAUGCGUAAAGUAUGGAAACUUUUUCUUGUAAGAUUGUUAAAUGGGAACGCGGGGCGGAAGGCUUGGUGUGGAGGACGCAUGCUGCUGUCUAGGGUUUGCUUCGUCUUGUUCUCUCUCUCUUUGAGUUUGUUGAUACGAUUGCGACGCGAUGCGAAGCUCGCUUGGGAGUUGAUAGAUGGCGUGUUUUUUAUUCACCAGUCGUAGUAGUAGUUCUUUUUUCAGAUGUUUUUCUCUUGUAGUAGGGCC